AUGGCGUACUUUACUUCGCUCUGGAAAGCGAGGAUAAUAGAAAAAUAUCGACAAGAAUACGAAAAUGAAAAGUUUAAUUCACUACUAACUUCAAAAACAGAAAUACCACAAAAGACAAUAAUGCAAAGAUGGCGAUGUUACGGACAGAAUACCAAACGAAAAAUGACGGGACAGUUAAAACAGUGGUUUCCGGACGGUUCAUCAGUAUCCAAUUUGUAUUUCUAUUUAAAAUCAGAACAUGCGCUACCAAGUUUCGUACUGAAGAGUUUCUUUGGGUUUUUCGGUGGAAUUAUGUUAACAUAUCUUUGCUUUAUAUUCUUUGUAUUCCAAUUGUCGAUUUCGCUCUUUCAUGCGACUAUUAUGAGCUCUUUUAUUGGUGUGUUGCUCACGCUGGGACUAGCGUUCAGUUGCAGAAUGAGGUGUCUGGUGUUUCUGCUAAUCCCGCAGCUAUUUUCCCGCGUCGGUCGCUACACUCUGACGUGCUACGCUCUGGUUCUCAUACUUACCGGCCCCGCUACGAAUACUUUCAGGAAUUCCGAAGUUUUGACCGAGUCAAUGGCGUGUAGUCAGGAACAAAUAAAAACGAUUGCUAGACACUAUACAGAGACCAUCAAAAAACCUUUCAACGCAAUGAAGGAGUCUAUAAAGUUAAUGGUGGAUGAGAUGAAACGAGUCACUUCUAAAAUGAACAGGAUUAUAUCGAAAAUAAGUACAUUGGCUAUUAGUAUUGGAGACGUAAUUCAAUCAUCAUAUUCUUGGUUGAAUUCAAUCGUUGAUAUUUGCACUCGAAAAUUUGGAACUCCAUACGAUCAUUGUGUUGAAGCAAUCAACAGAGGAAUGAUGAAUUGUAGGAAGAGCUUAGGAAAAGAUCUUGCUUGGCUUUGCAACGACCCCGCUGCAAAGUCAGCGUGUUUGACAAUGCAAAUGAAUAAGUCUAUUUGUAUUGUUCCCGAUUACGCGAGAGUCAGAAAUUAUAUUACUCGCAUCAAUAGUACAUUCUUCGUCAACGCACAGUUUCAUCACAUCUAUUCCUACAGUAGCAAUGAUAAGAGCACGCCCAGUCAGAUUGCUGCUGGUAUCGUCACUGAGAUCAGGAAAAGGGCUGAUCCUUUGCUGACUUGGUUGUCUUGGAGUUCCUGUAUCACCAGCUUGUUUUUAUUGCUUAUUAUUUUUCGGGCUAAAUACUAUCAACAUAUGUUCGAGACACGAUCUCGCUUUGACAACAUCUAUGUCACUAAAGAAUUACGUGAAUUAGAUUUUAAACGAUAUAAAGAGGGGCGUGAAACCGUAUUACCCCUGAACAGACGAGAACAGGCCAAAUAUAUUUGCAUUUCAUCAUUCCGUCUCGUUUCAUCAGAGAAGAUUUAUUUGACUCGUUCGAUGGUUUUCAUGGCAAUUACAACUUUCAAACUCUCGAUACACAUGGUGGCUGAUUACAGUUUGUAUUGGGUUUUGAUGACGAUACGUUAUCAUGGCGAAAGACAGACGCCUUUUUCACCUGGUCCCUCCGACGCUGGCGUUUAUGUAUCAGGAAAUGGAAUAGUUCGAGAUUUUAUUAGUUCGUUAUUGAAAUCUAUAACAUCACCAUUCCUGUCACGAAAACCGACAACUGUAAAUUGCCUUCCUAACCCAUUUCCACCUGACUUACAACGCUAUGCUCAAAUCGCUAUACUCAUAGUUUUUCUGUGGUUCUUUGCAUUAUUUGAACCGUAUGGACUUCGGUUCCGUCAUGUUAUUAUGGGACACUACCAACCUGAUCGGGCGAAGACAAGAGCUGUCUGGCUUUACAAUCAUAUAUUGAGGACUAGAGCUAGUUUUAUGAAGUUUGCUAGGAGAAAACUCCACCGUGAAUAUAAAUAUUCGUCGGACGAAAAUCUAACAUUUCGUUACUGGAUAGAUUCUAUAAUGCCCUGUGAAACUUUGAAAUGUCCAGGAGUGUACUGCGUCCGAUGCUUCUCUGAUAUUGGUCGUUUAUGCACUAUUUGCUUAUCACCUAAAGAUUAUGGUGAUAUGAGUGAUGUCAGUUUAGAAAAAGGUUCAUCUGAUGAAAGUGAUAGUUCUGAUGAAGAAGCAGACGUAAGUUUAAAAAAAAUUCCAUUGUCCCCUAGAUUGCAGUAAUUGAGUAUGUCAUAAUAUUCAGAUUAAACAAAAGAAGCUGAAAGGAACGGAGAAAGAGAGACUAAUUAAGAAAUCCAAUCCAGAAAAGACAAGUAUGUGGAAAACGUCAUAUAAACAAAGUUAUAACGAAAAUAGUCAAAAUACUUCACUUUUAUCAAGUCAUGAAAAAGACAGAGAUAUGGAUAAAAUACAGGAUAGUGCGAAUGACUUAGAAAAAACUGUAGCUGUUGAUAUGAAUGAUGUUACAAAUAAACGACAAAGUAGAGUAAAUACUGAGUUUUCAGCAGCAUGUUUUAAGCUCCCACAUGAGAGUAAUUGUUUUCAAAAUGAGGAAAUAAGAUCAGAAAAACUAACUUCCGGGAAAAAAUUGACAAAGAAAUUAAAAUAUUCUAAAAGAAGCGGUAAUCAAA